AACGUUGAAUCGUGUCACCGUUGAAAUCGCUCAACAUUUCGUCUCCCAACGCUCAUAUUCCCUAACUAUAAUAUAUUCACGAGGAAAUGCCUCUGCUUCUCCUCUUCAACGUUUUCUCAUUCUUCACUCUCAUCAUACACAUUUUCUUCUCCCUCAUCUCCUCUCAUGCUUCCAUUUCUUCUUCUUCUUCUACUUCUUUAGUACAUAACGCUCAAUUUGGCGCAAUGGCUGCCAUGGAGUCCUUGAUCGCCCUUGUUAACCGUAUUCAGAGAGCUUGUACUGUUCUUGGUGAUUAUGGCGGUGACUCUGCUUUGCCUACUCUUUGGGAGGCUCUUCCGUCUGUUGUUGUCGUCGGCGGUCAGAGCUCUGGAAAAUCAUCGGUGUUGGAGAGCAUUGUUGGUCGUGAUUUUCUUCCCCGGGGAUCAGGAAUUGUUACGCGGAGGCCUCUAGUCUUGCAGCUCCAAAAGGUUGAACCAGGAAGAGAGGAGUAUGCAGAGUUUCUUCAUCUGCCGAAGAAAAAAUUUACUGAUUUCUCGUUGGUUAGGAAGGAAAUAGAAGAUGAAACUGAUAGCUUGACUGGGAGGUUAAAACAAAUUUCUCCUGUUCCAAUUCAUCUCAGUAUCUACUCUCCAAAUGUGGUCAAUUUGACACUCAUAGAUUUGCCUGGUUUAACAAAGGUUGCUGUAGAAGGACAGCCUGACAGCAUCGUUCAAGAUAUUGAGACAAUGGUCCGUACUUAUAUCGAGAAGCCAAACUGCAUUAUUUUGGCCAUAACUCCGGCUAAUCAAGAUAUUGCAACAUCUGAUGCUAUCAAGCUUUCUCGAGAGGUUGAUCCCACAGGUGAAAGGACCUUUGGGGUGUUGACAAAGCUUGAUUUGAUGGAUAAAGGAACAAAUGCUUUGGAGGUUCUUGAUGGAAGGUCCUAUCGGCUUCAACACCCUUGGGUUGGAGUUGUCAACCGUUCUCAAGCUGAUAUCAAUAAGAAUAUUGAUAUGAUUACCGCUCGACGAAGGGAGCGUGAAUUCUUUGCUUCUAGUAUUGACUACAGACACUUGGCUGGUACAAUGGGGUCAGAGUAUCUGGCAAAACUCCUGUCAAAGCACCUAGAGUCUCAGAUAAAGACUCGUAUGCCUGGCAUUGCAUCGUUAAUUAACAAAAGCAUUGAUGAAAUUGAAGCAGAGCUUGAUCAUCUUGGGAAGCCUGUUUCUAUAGACUCUGGGGCUCAAUUGUAUACCAUCCUAGAACUUUGCCGUGCAUUUGACCUGGUGUUCAAGGAGCAUCUCCAUGGGGGGCGACCUGGUGGUGACCGGAUAUAUAGCGUUUUUGAUAAUCAGCUUCCUCAUGCUUUGAGAAGGCUUCCUUUUGAUCGGUAUCUCUCACUGCAAAAUGUGAGAAAAGUAAUAUCGGAGGCCGAUGGAUACCAACCCCAUCUGAUUGCACCUGAGCAUGGGUAUCGGCGCCUUAUUGAAGGAGCAGUUAAUUAUUUUAGACGUCCGGCUGAAGCUUCAGUUGAUGCUGUUCAUUUCAUUUUGAAGGAACUCGUUAGAAGAUCAAUGGCAGAAACUCAGGAGCUGAAGCGCUUUCCCACUCUCCAAGCUGAAGUUUCGAGAGCUGCAAACGAAGCGUUAGAGAGAUUUCGAGAAGAUAGCAAAAAGACAACCUUGCGACUGGUUGACAUGGAAUCCUCCUACCUAACAGUAGACUUCUUUCGAAAGCUCCAACAGGAAGAUGAAAAGGGAGGAAACUCACCAGCUACACCUAGCACAGACAGGUACACCGAGGCGCAUUUUCACCAGAUAGCAUCAAAUAUUUCUUCAUAUAUCAGGAUGGUGUCUGAGACACUGAGGAACACUAUUCCAAAGGCUGUUGUUCAUUGUCAAGUUAGGGAAGCAAAGCGAUCUAUAUUAGAUUACUUUUAUGUGCAAUUGGGACAAAUGGAGGGUAAUCAACUUGCAGCUCUUCUGGAUGAAGAUCCUGAUUUGAUUGAAAGGAGAAAGCAAUGUGUCAAAAGGCUUGAACUACAUAAAUCAGCAAGGGAUGAGAUUGACUCGGUCUCAUGGUUUUGAAAACACAAUGGGAAACUGGUGUGUGAUUUUGAAAACUCAAGGUUUAAACCCAUGCAUUACUGGGAGGCUAAAAAGGUAAUUUUCCCUUUAAUAUGCCAUCAAAUAUCAAAUGUCUAAAUUUAGUUUUUUAAUCUUUUAAAGGUCAUUUCAAUAAAUUUUGAAAGCAGUCCCCACCACUAGUUUAGUGCUAACUGAUAAGAAAGGGAAAAAAAAUCGAUUUCCAAACAAGUCCUCAAUAGGAAUUUGAGAAACAUUUAUAUAUUCGGCUCAAGACUAUUAGUGAGGACUACGGUAAUAUGUUUUUAUUGGAAAUUUUAACCUAACAUAUAUCCGAACUUCUUACCAAUUGAUCUGAUGUUAGAACUCAAAAAGAUUGACCAUAGCAAGCAUUGGGUAGGAUGGGAUGAACUAUUUAGAGAGUGGAUUCCAUGUCAUGAAUAAUGAUGCUUUUCCCAAGUCUUAGCCUUUUUUGGUUUCUUCUAUUGUAAAUCUACGUCGGUGUAAAAGUUGUUUGCCGUCCUUUACUAGCCAUUUUUCAAUUGUCAACUACCAUAGUGUUCCAUGUUGCUCAAUUAAAAAUAAAAGGGUCAAUCUUGGACUUCAGCAUAGAAGGGAAGGCUGCUCAUUUCUACCUAAAACCUAUAGCUGAACAAAAUUCAAUGAACUCAUUCUUGCAUCUCUUGCAGAUAAGUUUCUUAGAAAGUAUCAAGGGGUCUUUUCUCUUUCUUUUAGAUAUUGUUCACGUUCUGAUUGGGAUACUUGAAGGUGAACUUCCUACAAAAAAAGUCGGGUAGGAGAUUUGAACUUUGGAUCUCAUAGAAAUGAAGACAAGUUAAUUAUCGUUGACUCUUGUUUAAUGUAAUCCUUUUGUGAUAGAUAAUUGUACCGUUAACUCAAAAAUUGGUUUCUUGUGCCUGGGAGUUACGAUCUCACUCCCUCUUAGUUCUUGUUCCUUUUAUUUUUCUGUUUUUCUCUUUCAUGAUGAUUAAAUGCCAGUACUUUUUCCUCUCA